AUGAGCGUCCAGCAACCUCUGAGAACGCUCACGCAGCGGGCGGCAUCACGGCAAAGUCUGGGUCUACCACACAAAUCGCGAACAUGGCAGCCGCAACGAUCCAUGGCCACUGUCAAUCCGCCCGUCUUUCAGGACUCGACCGGCAAGAAUGGCCCAACCGCCAUGGUCUUCAUGAACAUGGGCGGUCCCGCGACGACCGAUGAAGUGGGCGGCUUUCUCUCCCGCCUCUUCGCUGACGGCGAUCUUAUUCCGCUUGGACCUCUGCAGAAUUACCUGGGACCACUCAUCAGCAGAAGGAGAACGCCCAAGAUCGUAAAGCAAUAUGCGGAAAUCGGCGGAGGUAGCCCUAUCCGCAAAUGGAGCGAAUACCAAGCAGAGGAGAUGUGCAAGAUCCUCGACAAAACGAACCCCGAAACGGCGCCACACAAACCAUACGUUGCGUUUCGAUAUGCGAAUCCUCUAACAGAAGAGAUGUACAACAGGCUUUUGGCGGAUGGCUUUGGCAAUGGGAAAGGGGGAAGAGCAGUUGCGUUUACACAAUACCCUCAGUACUCUUGUAGUACUACUGGCAGCUCUUUGAAUGAGCUAUGGAAGUGGAGGCAAAGACUGGAGUCUCCUACCAGAUCUCCAGACGCUCCAUCCGAAGGUUCAAUUCAAUGGUCGGUCAUUGACCGUUGGCCAACACAUCCGGGACUCGUCAAUGCCUUCGCGGAAAACAUCACCAGGACGUUGGAAACGUACCCAGAAGACAUCCGCGACAGCGUGGUGUUGCUGUACAGCGCUCAUAGCUUACCAAUGAGCGUGGUAAACAGAGGCGACCCUUACCCAGCCGAAGUCGCGGCGACAGUAUGGGCCGUCCAGCAGAAACUCGGCCACCGCAACCCCUAUCGUCUCGUCUGGCAGUCGCAGGUCGGGCCCUCCGCAUGGCUAGGAGCGCAAACCGCAGAGACGGUCCCGAACCUCAUCAAGAAAGGCCAGAAAGAUCUCGUCCUCAUCCCCAUCGCUUUCACAUCCGACCACAUCGAAACGCUGUACGAGAUCGAUAAGGAAGUCAUCCACGAAGCCGACGAGGCCGGUGCGGACGGGAGGGUUCGAAGAGCGGAGAGUCUCAACGGCAGCAAGACAUUCAUUGGUGCGCUUGCAGACCUCGCGAGCAGCCACUUGAAAUCGGGAGAGAUCUGUAGCAGGCAGAUGGGUCUGCGGUGUCCGGGAUGUAAGAGCGAGCGGUGUCUGGAACAAAAGCGCUUCUUCAUGGGACAGGGCAAGCAGGAUAACGCGGCUGUUACCUUGUAG